CCCCGCCGCUGCCGCCGCCAUUUUGUUCCUGUGUGCGGAGAGCGGCGUCGGCGGCCGGAGGAGGACCGCUAGAGAGGCUCCAAAACCGGCUUCUGGUGGAAGCAGAGCCUCUCCCCGCCGGGACCAGGGCAGUGCCUAUCAUGGGGGACGUGAAGAAUUUCCUGUACGCCUGGUGCGGCAAACGGAAAGUCACCCCAGUUUACGAGAUCCGAGCUGUGGGCAACAAGAACCGACAGAAGUUUAUGUGUGAGGUUCGAGUGACAGGUUUCAACUAUAUUGGCAUGGGCAACUCCACCAACAAGAAAGAUGCACAGACCAAUGCUGCAAGAGACUUCCUCAAUUACCUUGUUCGAGUGAAUGAAAUCAAGAGUGAAGAAAUCCCAGCUUUUGGAGCAGGACCUGUGGUUGCUUCCAGUGGAGGUGUGGUUGAAACAGAAGGAGGAGCACAGGGAGAUAAUGCUCCCUUGGGAGGGCCAGUUCCUCCUCAUCUGGCUCUCCAAACAGAAAUGGAUGGUGCUCUGCUGUCUGGAACUGGAAGCUCAGGGUAUGGCGGAGCUCAGUGGGAUCGUGGUGCUAAUCUGAAGGAUUACUAUUCCAGGAAAGAGGAGCAGGAGGCCCAAGCAACUUUGGAGUCAGAAGAAGUAGACUUAAAUGCUGGGCUUCAUGGGAAUUGGACCUUGGAGAAUGCCAAGGCACGCCUGAACCAGUUUUUCCAAAAAGAGAAGAUCCAGGGAGAAUAUAAGUACACUCAAGUGGGUCCUGAUCAUAACAGGAGCUUUAUUGCAGAAAUGACUAUUUAUGUCAAGCAGCUGGCCAGAAGAAUCUUUGCCCGUGAACAUGGCUCAAAUAAAAAGCUGGCAGCACAAUCUUGUGCUUUGUCUUUGGUUAGGCAGCUCUAUCAUCUGGGCGUUAUUGAAGCUUACUCUGGGCAGACCAAAAAGAAGGAAGGUGAAUCGAUAGAGCCUUAUGACGUCAACAUCACUUCUCAUUUGGAAAAUCAACUUCAAAGUAUCGUAGAAGAGAUGGGUCUUGAAAUCAUACCACCACCUGAUGAUCCCAGUAUCCCUGCUGUACUCAACCUUGGGAAGCUUGCCCACUUUGAACCAUCUCAAAAUCAAAAUCAGAUGGGGGUUGUCCCAUGGUCACCACCUCAAUCAAACUGGAAUCCAUGGACCAGCUGUAAUAUUGAUGAGGGUCCUUUGGCAUAUGCUACACCAGAGCAGAUAAGCAUUGACAUAAAAAGCAAUCUCAUGUAUCAGCUGGAAAAUGAUCAGGGGCUGCAAAAGAUUCUUCAAGAGAGAGAGACCCUACCUGUGAAGAAAUUUGAGCAAGAAAUUCAAGAAGCCAUCCACCAUAAUUCUGUUGUUAUCAUCCGUGGGGCCACAGGCUGUGGCAAAACUACCCAGGUUCCACAGUACAUCCUGGAUGAAUAUAUCCACAGUGGAAGAGCUGCUGAAUGUAGCAUUGUUGUGACUCAGCCCAGGAGGAUCAGUGCUGUUUCUGUGGCAGAACGAGUCGCCUACGAGAGAGGAGAAGAACCUGGGAAUAGCUGUGGUUACAGUGUCCGCUUUGAAUCAGUGCUUCCUCGGCCCCAUGCCAGUGUGAUGUUCUGCACUGUAGGUGUCCUCCUGAGGAAACUGGAAGCUGGCAUUCGAGGAAUCAGUCAUGUUAUUGUGGAUGAAAUCCACGAAAGAGACAUUAAUACUGAUUUCCUGUUGGUGGUUCUGCGGGAUGUAGUUCAGGCCUAUCCUGAAAUCCGAGUCAUUCUCAUGUCUGCUACCAUUGAUACCAGCAUGUUCUGUGAAUAUUUCUUUAAUUGUCCUAUCAUAGAGGUCUAUGGCAGAACUUUUCCUGUUCAAGAGUAUUUUCUGGAAGACUGUAUCCAGAUGACUAAAUUCAUUCCUCCACCAAAGGACAAGAAGAAAAAAGAUAAAGAUGAGGAAGGUGGAGAAGAUGAUGAUACCAAUUGCAACCUUAUUUGUAGUGGCGACUAUGGUCCAGAAACAAAACAUCACAUGGCCCAGCUGAAUGAAAAAGAAACCCCCUUUGAACUCAUUGAGGCUCUCUUGAAGUAUAUUGAGACCUUGAAUGUCCCAGGGGCAGUCCUUGUCUUCUUGCCUGGUUGGAAUCUGAUAUAUACCAUGCAGAAAUACCUGGAAAUGAAUCCACACUUCGGAAGCCAGCGAUACAGAAUUCUUCCUCUACAUUCCCAGAUUCCUCGAGAGGAGCAGCGCAAAGUGUUUGAUCCAGUGCCCCCUGGAAUGACCAAGGUAAUUUUGUCUACCAACAUUGCAGAGACCAGCAUUACCAUCAACGAUGUUGUCUAUGUUAUUGAUUCUUGCAAACAAAAAGUGAAGCUUUUCACUGCUCACAACAACAUGACUAACUACGCCACUGUAUGGGCCUCAAAAACUAACCUGGAGCAGCGGAAAGGGCGGGCUGGCCGUGUCCGUCCUGGGUUCUGUUUCCACCUCUGCAGCAGAGCUCGCUUUGAAAGACUUGAAACUCACAUGACUCCUGAGAUGUUCCGAACACCACUGCAUGAAGUUGCUUUGAGCAUCAAAUUACUCCGACUGGGAGGAAUUGGGCAAUUCCUUGCAAAAGCUAUAGAGCCACCUCCUUUGGAUGCAGUCAUUGAAGCAGAACAUACCCUCAGAGAGCUUGAUGCCCUGGACUGCAAUGAUGAGCUGACACCACUGGGGAGAAUUUUAGCAAGGCUCCCCAUUGAACCUCGUCUUGGGAAGAUGAUGAUAAUGGGAUGCAUUUUCUAUGUGGGAGAUGCUGUAUGUACCAUCUCUGCAGCCACUUGCUUCCCUGAGCCUUUCAUCAGUGAAGGGAAGAGGUUGGGGUAUGUCCACAGGAAUUUUGCUGGCAACCGGUUUUCUGAUCAUGUGGCUUUGCUCUCUGUGUUCCAAGCCUGGGAUCAUGCAAGAAUUGGUGGAGAAAAUGCAGAAAUACGUUUCUGUGAGCAUAAGAGACUCAACAUGGCAACACUCAGAAUGACAUGGGAAGCCAAAGUGCAAUUGAAAGACAUUCUUGUUAACUCUGGAUUUCCUGAAGAGUGUUUGAUGACGCAGAUAUUUAACAACACUGGACCAGACAACAGUCUGGAUACUGUUAUCUCUCUGCUGGCAUUUGGCUUGUAUCCCAAUGUCUGUUUCCAUAAGGAGAAAAGGAAGAUUCUCACCACUGAGGGACGCAAUGCACUUAUUCACAAAUCUUCUGUUAACUGCCCAUUCAGCAGUCAGGACAUGAAGUACCCCUCUCCAUUCUUUGUUUUUGGAGAAAAGAUCCGCACACGUGCCAUCUCUGCCAAAGCAAUGACCUUAGUGAGCCCUUUGCAGCUGCUUCUCUUUGGCUCCAAGAAAGUUACAUCUGAUGGAGAAAUUAUUAUGUUGGAUGAUUGGAUCAAACUACGGAUGCCUCACAAUGCAGCUGCCUGUAUCACUGCCCUACGUGCAGCAAUGGAAGCACUUGUGGUGGAAGUAACAAAAAAUCCAGAAAUUAUUAGUGACCUAGAUCCACUGAACAAAAACAUGCUGAAUGUUAUUGGCGAAAUCUCAAAGCCAUUAGCUGCUGGUAUCAAUCUCACAGUGGGCAAUAUGAGGUUUGGAGAUGGCCCUCGUCCACCAAAGAUGGCACGAUAUGACAAUGGAGGAGGUGGCUACAGAGGAAGAGGUGGCGGCGGCUACAGGGGUGGAUAUGGAAGUGGUUAUGGAGGUGGAUAUAAUUCUUAUCGUGGUGGUUCUAUGGGAAGGGGAUAUUCAGGAACAGGGGGUGGCUUUCAAGGUGGUAGAGGCUUUCGAGGUUCUGGUGGAGGAUAUCAAAGCGGUGGCAACCGAGGAGGAGGUGGAUUUAGAGGUGGUUGGGGUGCUAGAGGUGGCUACUGAAAAAUAUGUAGUAUCCCAGUGUAAAAUGAUGCAUGAAUUAAAUAUUUUCCUACAUAUUUCCUUUACUUGUAAUGUGGAAUUGUUCAUAGUCCUAGAAUAGUUUGAAACAUUUAUUUAUGUAAAAUAUUCAGAUUCUUUUAGCGGUAUUCCAUUAUUUGUUCAUUUGAUCAUAAUAAAACAAGUUCUUUUUUUUCCAGUGGAUUAAUAAUGCGCUGGGACCACAUUUCAUUUUGACAGUGACUUAAAUGUGGUUAUUUUAAAACUUGUAGAAAAUGUUAUAAACCAAUCAACUGAGACCUUUAAGUGAAUUUGGUCUGUUCUUUCCAAACCAGUAUGAUCUUGGUGAAGCCGUCUGUAAUUGGUCAAAGAGGCAAGACUUAAAUAAAACCAUGUGAUGUGUUUUCAGAAAA